AUUCCAUGGCUGGUUCUGUCUAAUUCACAAAGUUGUUAUAACACACACAAACACACACACACACACACACACAUACAGCGCUCAGGCCUGGUUACUCUUCAGCUGGUUCAUAUGGACAGUUCAGAUGGGCCGAUGCUGCCUCAUCGCCUCGCAAGCUAGCGACCGUCUGAAUGGAUCUGCCGACCUUUGAACUGGAGAUGAGUCAUUUGCCGGUUCUUACCCUUACUGAAGUCAUCCUCUUGCUCCGGGCUCAGAGACGGUGCCAACCACGUACUCUUGCUGGAUGUAUAUUUUACAAGGAAGACGGGUACAUUAAAACAACGGGUCUGUGUGUGUUCACCAUGCCCUAUAAAAGCAAACAACGUGUAUAGUCUGUCUGUAAAAGUUGGAUUGCCACGGUUUCUUUUGAAAGUGGGCUUGAGGAGACAGAGGAGAGGGUGCCGCUCCACAGACGACGCAGGUGCAAAGCUGCGAUCAGGAGUUAAAUUGUUUUCUGAAAGCUCGCCUCUCGCUGCUGUUUGCAUUUCAAGGUAAAAUGAGAAGAGUUCGAUAAGGGUACUGGAAGCUUUCCACUCCAUAAUGGGCAUGUGUGUCAGCACCGGAGAGCAAUAACCGCAUGAUCGGAUUGCAAGGCCAAAUGUCAUAGGAUGAAGACCAUUGGUGACCUAAGGACUUAUGUGUUUGUAACCCAUCUUCUGGCUAUGAUUGGAUUUCACGUUGCUCAGGACUUAUGUUCCACUUUCGUUAAAGGAGUAAUUUACGGAUCGUAUUCCCUUAACGAUCUCUUUCCCCCAAAUUCCACAAACUGCACUUGGACCCUAGAGAACCCGGAUCCCACCAAGUACACCAUCUACCUGAAAUUCUCCAAAAGGGACCAACUCUGCGCCGGUUUCUCCCUCUGGGUCUAUCAGUUCGACCAUUACUCUCCCGACAAGAUACGGGACUUGCUGAGACACAACCGAUCUGUGGUGCACUUAUGCCAGGCCAGGAGUUUCUUCGUCUUCCUGGAGCUGGACAAGAAUUUCAUCCAGCUCCAGCGCCUGGGCCAACCCCGCGGCGACGGACCGAGUGGCCGGCCGCCUUUCGAGUUCUUGGUGCUGAACAAGGUGAGCCCCAGCCAGUUCGGCUGCCGGGUACUGUGCAGCUGGUUGGAGAGCUGCCUGAAGGCCGGAGGACAGGUUGGAAGUGCCGGGGCCACAGGAGAAGGAAGAGGAAGAAACAAAGGAGAGACGGAGGCCAGUGCUUGUGGGGUGCUGGACGCGAAAUGUAAUUGCCAGCAGGAUGUGCUGAUCGGCGUGGAAAGUCUCGACAUGGUUCUACCUCUCAAUGCAGACACCGAGGGCUGUCUCUCUGCUCGACUCCACACUACUCACACUUGCAAUCUGACGGAGGGCAAGCGCACCCCCCGGAAAGGCCUGGGACAUCUGAAAGCCAGAACGUUUUGUGACUCUGAGAAAGCCAAGUCUUCGCAGCACCAACUAUGCCGAGCACGGAGACAGGUACCUGCACCUCAGAGGGUUGUGCAGAAUGAGGAAGUGGCACUGGAAUAUGGAUUGAUGGGAGAUCACACAAUAAAAAGUCAGCGAACUCGAUCAGUUCAUGAGAGAAAGGUCCCUCAGGAACAAGCUGAUGCUGGUAAAAUUAUGCCACAUACUGGAGACCCUGUUACAGAAGAAUGGACCCAGUGGAGUAUGUGUUCAGUAACAUGUGGUCAAGGGUCGCAGGUGCGAACCAGAGCUUGUGUAUCAUCUUACGGGAUUCUGUGCAGCGUGCCUUUAAGAGAAUCAAGGGUUUGCAAUAACACUGCCCUCUGUCCAGUGCAUGGCGUCUGGGAAGACUGGUCACCCUGGAGCUUGUGUUCAUUCACUUGCGGCAGAGGUCAAAGGACAAGAUCAAGGUCAUGCAUUUCUCCUCAGUAUGGUGGGCGGGCUUGUGACGGACCAGAAUCCCAAACAAAAAUCUGCAACAUCGCCUUGUGCCCAGUGGAUGGCCAAUGGAAGGAAUGGAAUCCUUGGACAGAUUGCUCAGUGACGUGCUCCAAUGGGACACAGCAGCGAACUCGACAGUGUACAGCUGCAGCUCAUGGUGGUUCUGAAUGCAGAGGGCACUGGGCUGAAAGCAGAGAAUGUUAUAACACUGACUGUACAGAGAAUGGGAAAUGGAAUCCCUGGGGCCACUGGAGUGGGUGCUCAAAGUCAUGUGAUGGCGGUUGGCAACGGAGGGUCCGAGUGUGUCAGGGGCUGGCAAUCACUGGAAAGCCUUGCGAAGGUCUUGGGGAGGAGAUUCAGAAGUGUAGUGAACAGAGGUGUCCAGCACCGCAUGAGAUAUGCCCUGAGAACUAUCUGAUGACCAUGGUGUGGAGGAGAACUGCAGCCGGGGACUUUGUGUUCAACAGGUGCCCUCUAAAUGCGACAGGCACCACUAGCAGACGCUGCUCCCUUGAUCGUAAUGGAAUUGCCUAUUGGGAGCCACCCAGCUUUGCAAGAUGCAUAUCAAACGAGUACCGAUACUUACAACAUUCAGUCAAGGAGCAUCUUGCCAAGGGACAAAGGACACUGGCAGGUGAAGGCAUGUCUCAAGUAACAAAAACCCUUUUGGAUCUAACACAGAGAAGAAACUUCUAUGGUGGGGAUCUAUUGGCAUGUGUUGAAAUCCUUCGAAAUGUCACUGAUACAUUUAAAAGAGCAAGUUAUGUCCCUUCAUCGGAUGAUGUACAGAAUUUCUUCCAAAUCAUCAGUAACCUUCUCGAGGAAGAAAACUGGGAGAAGUGGGAAGAUGCACAGCAGGUCUAUCCUGGCUCAGUGGAGUUAAUGCAGAUUAUUGAAGACUUCAUACAUGUCGUAGGCAUGGGGAUGAUGGAUUUCCAUAAUUCCUACUUAAUGACUGGAAACUUAGUGGCCAGCAUUCACAAGUUGCCUGCAGCAUCUGUUCUGACUGAUAUCAACUUUCCGAUGAAAGGAAGAAAGGGAAUGGUUGACUGGGCAAGAAACUCUGAAGACAAAAUUACUAUCCCAAAAAACAUAUUCAUGCCUGCAUCUCCAGAAUGGGAUGAAUCUGCAGUUUUUGUACUUGGCACAAUAUUCUACAAAAAUUUGGGCCUUAUAUUACCCUCUCCAAGAAAUUACACCAUUGUGAAUUCAAAAGUCAUAGCUGUGACAGUAAGACCAAAACCGAAAAUUGCAGAGUCUGUACUGGAAAUUGAACUUGCUCACUUGAUAAAUGGUACUGAAAAUCCUUACUGUGCUCUCUGGGAUUUCAGCAAAACGAACGAAUCUACCGGCGCCUGGUCCACUCUGGGAUGUAAGACUGUACUUACCGAUGCAUCCCACACCAAAUGUUUGUGUGAUCGCCUAUCUACAUUCGCCAUUUUGGCUCAUCAACCCACAGAAAUAGGUAUGGAGAACGCUGACAUGCCUUCAGUGACUUUGCUAGUUGGUUGUGGUCUGUCAUGUAUGGCCCUCAUUGCUCUAGCAGUCAUCUAUGCUGUGCUGUGGAGGUACAUCCAAUCAGAAAGGUCAAUUAUUCUAAUAAACUUCUGCUUCUCCAUCAUCUCAUCCAACAUCCUCAUUGUGGUUGGACAAACACAGACUCGGAAUAAGGGUGUUUGUACAAUGACGACCGGCUUUCUCCAUUUCUUCUUUCUGGCUUCCUUUUGCUGGGUUUUGACAGAAGCUUGGCAGUCAUACAUGGCUGUUACAGGGAAGAUUAGAACAAGGCUCAUCCGCAAACGUUUCCUAUGCCUUGGUUGGGGGUUACCAGCAUUGGUGGUGGCGAUAUCUAUGGGAUUUACAAAGGCUAAAGGAUAUGGUACAUCAAACUACUGUUGGCUGUCUCUAGAGGGAGGUCUUUUAUAUGCAUUUGUCGGACCUGCAGCUGCUGUUGUUCUGGUCAACAUGGUGAUCGGCAUUUUAGUUUUUAAUAAACUCGUGUCGAGAGAUGGGAUCGUAGAUAAAAAGCUAAAACAUAGAGGAGGUCAGAUGAGUGAGCCCCAUAGCGGCCUGACGCUCAAAUGUUCCAAGUGCGGAGUUGUUUCAACGACAGCCUUGUCAGCCACCACUGCCAGUAAUGCCAUGGCAUCCCUGUGGAGCUCCUGUGUGGUGCUACCACUUCUUGCUCUGACCUGGAUGUCCGCAGUCCUGGCAAUGACCGACAAACGUUCCAUCUUGUUCCAGAUCCUCUUCGCUGUCUUUGAUUCGCUACAGGGAUUUGUCAUUGUCAUGGUGCACUGCGUACUUAGGAGAGAGGUUCAAGAUGCUGUUCGAUGCCGUCUGAGGAACUGCCAGGAUCCAAUAGCUGGAGAUACAGCAAGUACAUUUCCAAAUGGCCAUGCUCGGAUCAUGACUGACUUUGAAAAAGAUGUGGACAUUGCAUGCCGAUCAGAUCAUCUUGAACAGCACCAUCGACCAUCCCAGACCAAGAGCAUAUAUAGGCCUGGCCAUACUAAAAUGAUGCCUAUAUACCCAAACGCAGUCCUUCAUAAAGACGUUGGGAGCUGUCGAGCUGCUACCAUAACAGGAACAAUGUCGAGGAUCUCUCUCAAUGAUGAUGAAGGGGACAAAGGAAUCACUCCCGAAGGUGUGAAUUUUUCAACCCUCCCUGGAAAUAUCAUUUCCAAAGUUUUGAUACAGCAGCCACCAGCUAUGCACGUGCCAAUCGGAAUGAACGAAUUGACAGAGCAGUGCCUAAAGAAGGAGAACAGUGAAUUGCGACGAACAGUUUAUUUAUGCACGGAUGACAAUCUGCGAGCAGGGGAUGCUGAUCUAGCACAAACACAAGAGAGGAUGAUGGAAAGUGACUACAUUAUAAUGCCAAGAGGCUCAGCAAAUGUCCAACCUCUCAUUAAAGAUGAAAGCAAAUUAAAUAUCAGCAUGGAAGGCAUGCCGCAUGAUAGGUUAACACAUUUUAAAGUUAACCCUGAAUUUAAUACAAGUGCAUCUGUGAUGGAUCACAUCAGUUUCAAUUUAGACCAACACCUCACCACACAAGAACACAAACAGAAUAUACCAUUUGAGCCUCGUUCAUCUAUAAAGAACUUCAUUGUUUCCGAACUUGAUGAAAAUAACACUGCAUUAUCAAGGAGUGAAACAGGCUCUACAGUAUCGAUGAGUUCUUUAGAGAGAAGAAAAUCCCGCUAUUCAGACCUGGAUUUUGAAAAAGUCAUGCACACAAGAAAGCGACAUAUGGAAUUAUUUCAGGAGUUAAAUCAAAAAUUCCAGACACUGGAUAGGUUCCGCGACCCCCCAAGUACAAGCAGUGUAACUGAAAAAACAUGGACUAUCUCAACAACAGGGUAUGAGAGAAAUAGUGCAAGUGACAACCCAACACCCAGCAAGCACGAAUGGGAUACUUACAAGAACCCCAGUGACUACCAACACUAUUCACCAAUCAACGUAUCGGAUGCAGAAGCAAAAGAGGUGUUAGAAUUAAGACAAGCGGAAUGGGAAAAGUGUAUCUCCAUGCCAUUGGACAUGCAGGAAGGUGAUUUCCAAACUGAAGUUUAAAUUAAAGUUGAUCACAAGCUAACUCUCUUGCACUUCAAACAUUUUUACAAAAACCUGGUCUUAUGUCUGAACUCUCUUAGAGUAAUUUAGGGACAUUAUGUACCAGGAAAAAGAUGUCUAUGUCUUUAACAUUUCUCACUAUCUUACUUAGUGAGAUACAGAAUGUACAAUUAUUACCAUCAUGUGUUGUACGUUAAUGUGAAAUGGAUUGUAAGGUAAUCUUUAUAGAUCAACCUCAAGCAAGGAUACAUGUUGUAAUAGCUUCAUUUGGUUUAGUUUUAAAAAGAAAACUUCACCAUGGAGCACAAUGUAUAUAUUUAUGCAGUUUUUAAGAUUUAUAACAGUCUGUUUGGCCAUUACUACACUUUUUACUUUAUAAUAUAAAAGCAAACAAUUUUCUGUCAUUUAAAUGAAUGGUUGUUGAGCUAUGUUCUUCAUUGCUUUCAAUGCAAUAAAGUAAUACUCUCACUUUUAUAUGAAUAAUAUAUUUCACAUCUUUAUUAUUGCAGAUGUCGCACGAAAGCGCAGAAAUAGCUUUCUUGGCUGCAAACGUGUAUAAAAUAUUUAAAAUGCUGUA